GGGGCAACGAGAGGGUAGGAUAUCGAUCGAACCCUACUUCAUGAGAAAUGACUCGCCAACGAAUUCGGAGUUGUUCCAGAAAAUCGAAGAAAUAUUAUCCUGUAUCCAGAAGCCCUUGUCAGCCACAUACUCCAGUACACCAAUUUUUGCGAGACAGAGCGAGACAAGUGAUGACGCAAGACAAGCAUGAAGAUGGACGAGCAGCAGCGGAGACAGAGCGGACGUCUCUUUGCGCUGCUGUCGAUCACGACGACUGUCUGCAUCCGCAGAGAUUGUGGUCGAGGCAGUUUCAGCUUUGUUUUCCGCAGAGCGACACAAAAAGCUCGGAUUCAAAAGUCUAAAGCAAUCGCCUGAAGUCCGGCGGAACUAGAUCUAAGCUGCCACCUCUAAAGACGUCGCUGGUGUGGCCAGGCUGACGACACCGAUGAAAGCAAGGAGGACGGUGGAGAAUGCAAGGUGGAGAACAUCGUUUGUGAGGCCCAGAAGUGGC